AAAUUAAACAAUGACUCGUCGAUUAAUUUAUCUUUUGUUCGUCUUUCUUGCAAUUACAUAUGUUAAUUGCGCUAAAGGAUGUUCAAAGCACGAAGAGAUGAACAAUUGCGGAAGUCUCUGUGAGCCUAGCUGCUCAAAUCAAUUUCCUGACUGCGGAUCUGGUCCUAGUGUUCCUCCGUCUUGCGGUCCGAGACCGAUGAGAGGAUGUCGUUGCCAAAGUGGUUUCUUCAGAAAAGACAAUGGAAAAUGUUCUAAGAAGUGUUAAUUUCUUCAAACUUAAACAUCCUACAAUAACAACUA